ACGACGUCACACUCCGAUGAACACUAGCAGACGCAGAAUUUCUUCUUUCCGUGUUGAAAGCGCAUAGCUUAACAGUCACUUCUACUUUCUCAAUCAAACUCGAUAACCCAUAACUUUCCAAAAUGUCGCAGCCUGUGGAUGUACCAACCCAUCUAAACUCCCUCAUCGCCUCUUCACACCCUCAACUGCGCGAUGCAGUCCUCCCAAAACUUCUCAGCUCAAUCCACACAAUAGCCGGACACCUGCGCACCUCCCCAUCCGUAACCCAAGUGGGAACCGCCAAUGCCUUUGGCGACGACCAAUUGAAUGUGGACGUGCUGGCCGAAGAAGCGAUCCGCAAAACCAUCGAUGCAUGCCCAGCAAUCGUAACAGCGUCCAGUGAAGAAGACCCUGUCGAAAAGUCAUCGAAGUCUACGAGCAGCGAAGACCAAGGGAAAGAAGUCUACACGCUAGCCUUCGACCCACUAGAUGGCUCCUCCAUCAUCGCACCAAACUGGAGUGUAGGCACGAUAAUCGGAGUCUGGGAAGGAGCCUCAGCCUUACAUCAACCGCCCGACACAAAGCAAAUCGCCUCCAUUCUAGGCGUACUAGGCCCACGUACUACCGCCAUCGUCGCCCUCCGUCUGCCGGGAACCAAGGGAUCAUGUUUCGAAGUCGGAUACGCAGACGACGGCACCAUGCAAGUCAUCCGCCCAGACGUACAGUUGACGCAGGCCUCUGAGGUGAAGACGCGGUAUUUCGCCCCCGCAAACAUGCGCGCCGCAGCCGAAGACCAGAGGUACCUGAAUCUGAUAAACCGUUUCAUCAUGCAAAAGUACACGCUGCGGUAUAGCGGCGGGCUUGUUCCAGAUGUUGUCCAUGCGUUGGUCAAGGGUCAUGGUGUUUACAUCUCUCCGGUCACAGAGCAGAGCAAAGCCAAACUAAGGCGACUCUAUGAACUUGCGCCUAUCGCGCUGAUUAUGGAGUGUGCUGGAGGUGCGGCGUUAGAUUCUGCGACGGGCAAGAGGGUGCUUGAGACUGCGGUGGAGGAUACGGAUGAGAGGGGUGGGUUGAUCUGUGGAAAUAAGGAGGAGGCUGAGGCUGCAAUGAAGUCAUUACUUCAGUAGUCGAAUGGGGUCGAGACACCUGUUUAUCGGAAUUCUUUGCGUCAAGAAAUCUCUCCAGAUGAGUGGACAAAGAAGGUCUAAUAUUAAGAGGCUCUAAUGUAGUUCGAUCUGUACUCUUCGUGCUUCUACCAGUAAUCCAGGAUGUCGCCAGUAACAAUAAGGAAAGAUAAAUGGGUAUAUGUCAUGUGCAAUUCAUGACGAAAGUAUGCAAC